ACUUACUACAAUUUGAUUUGACAUAUUUCUAACAAAACCUAUGGAGAUGUGUUUAUUUAUUUUUUUAUAAAUCAGUGUUAUUUAUAAAUGCCAGGAUGGCCCCUAGUAGCAUCGUGGUGUUAUGGUACAGCUGAAGUGAACUUUCAGUGUAGUGACGUCACAGAAGGUCAUGGUGAUUUAGUCUGAGGUCAUUUGAUGUCUCAGAUCCGCCUGUCGUCCAUGCACCCAGUGCAUUACAACCAACAACAAACCCUGGUAAAAAUGUACCCAAACACUCUAACACAGUUGGCACGGUCGAAUCCUUUCCAGGCUCCGCUUUUUUCCAUUAAAACAGACCAGCAGCAUGAGAAACAGCAGACAAAGCGCAAACUUGCUGCAGCAUCUUAUGACGAUGCUGAAGUGAGCUGUGAAUAUGGCUCAAAUAAAUAUUACGCCCUCUGCGGUUUUGGUGGGAUUUUGAGCUGCGGCCUCACACACACAGCAGUCGUGCCCCUCGACCUUAUUAAAUGCCGCAUCCAGGUGGACCCAGAGAAGUACAAGUCCAUCUUCAAUGGUUUCUCGGUCACUUUGAGAGAGGAUGGUUUCAGAGGGCUGGGUAAAGGCUGGGCUCCUACAUUCAUCGGUUACUCCAUGCAAGGGCUCUGCAAGUUUGGUUUCUAUGAAAUCUUUAAGGCGCUGUACAAUGACAUGCUCGGAGAGGAGAAUGCUUAUUUGUGGAGGACAUCCGUUUAUCUGGCCGCCUCUGCCAGCGCUGAGUUUUUCGCUGAUAUUGCACUGGCUCCUAUGGAAGCGUGCAAGGUGCGAAUUCAGACGCAGCCCGGCUACGCCAACACCCUGAGAGAGUGCGCUCCAAAAAUGCAUGCCGAGGAGGGACUGAAUGCCUUCUAUAAAGGUGUUUAUCCGCUGUGGCUGAGGCAGAUUCCUUACACCAUGAUGAAGUUUGCUUGUUUCGAGCGAACGGUGGAAACUCUGUACAAGUACGUCGUACCCAAACCCCGCAGUGAGUGCUCCAAACCAGAGCAGCUGGUGGUCACGUUCGUCGCCGGUUACAUUGCUGGGGUGUUCUGUGCGGUGGUUUCUCAUCCCGCUGACUCGGUGGUGUCGGUACUGAACAAAGAGAAGGGCAGUUCAGCUGUUGAGGUGCUGAAAAGACUGGGGCCCGUAGGCGUGUGGAAGGGUCUGUUCGCGAGGAUCAUCAUGAUCGGGACGCUGACGGCCCUGCAGUGGUUCAUCUACGACUCGGUGAAGGUUUACUUCCGCCUGCCGCGUCCUCCACCACCAGACAUGCCCGAGUCCCUCAAGAGGAAGAUGGGGCUGCUGGACUACUAGACUCCUGAGGAACUGCACAAAACUCACAGGGCUUUCCACAUUCACCAGGCACACACACACACACACACUGGUGACUUUCUCUGCUGCUGUUUGUCUGUAUUAGGGAAAAGCACACAUCUGUCCCUUUUAUGUGAUUUCUGUGUGUUUCGUCUCUCCUUUGGUGAAUGUUGGACUGAAUAUUUAAACUAAAUCAUAUUUAGUGGCCCAAAUUAGUACCUUUUCAAUAACAUUUCUUCAAUAAACUAAAGAAUAAAAUCACAA